AUUUCACCCGAUGCUAAUUUCAGAAUUUGUAAAAUGAUCUAAUAUGUCGGGACGAGGAAGCAAAGAUAAAACCAGAUUUGCUCAGAGUGGAACCAGGAACAGGAUCUACCAGCGGAAGAAAAGUUUUCCUGACUCCGCCCGACUUGAAUCUCCGGACGGUCGGUUUGAGUUUACGGACCUGGAGAACGUGGUUUCGUCCCCUGUCACCCUGGCGGACUUGAAGGGGAAGGAUAUUCUCAGCAGCUCCGAGUUCUCCAAGAGCUUGCUCAAGGUUCCGAAACCAAUGUCUCCUAAUCCGAGUGAGUCUUCAGCGUUGAUGGCGAGCUUCUUAAAAUCUUCCUGUAACUCCCCGGACCAUUCCAGCGGAGAGUACAGUUUUAACCAGAAGAAUUUCGAGAAUAUAUUGAGUCCCCUAGAUCCAGUCAGAUUGAAAGUAGAGAAUAAAUAUCUAAAAGAUGUUCUUGUGUCGCAGCUAGAUCUUAUUCAACAACAGUCUGAGACCAUUUUAUCCAAAGACAAGCAACUGAAGGCGUUAAGAAUGGAGAAUGAGCUUCUCCAGCAGAGACUGGAGAGACGGGAGCGGAGACGGGUUCGAGGAGAGUCGGAGGUUGAGAGUUCAAAAAGUUCCCUCCGAGACUCCUCCGAGGCUCCGGGUAAGGAGUUGAAUGCAAGGAAGAGGCCCUGUGUAUCCUCCUCUUCCCUUCCAAUCAUGAAUAAACGUACAAAAAGAGAAAACACUUGUGAUCCCGAGGAUUUUAUUCCGGCCGGGUUGCCGGAGAAAACCGUGAAAGUGCCUGAAUUUCCUCGGUUCGACGAUUUAACAGACGAAAUAUCCCUAUCCCGCCUUGGUGAUGACGUAAAACCUGUAGAACUUACUCCGACUCCGCCUCCGCCUAAUAUAAGACUCUCUGUUACCUCUGAAACCGGAGAAACUGGUCCUGAGGUGUCGGAGACGAGUGAAAGAAAGAAAAAGAAUCAAAGAAAACCGUCUACCGUUCCUUCGCCUGUUCUCGGAACCUUUGAACCACUGUUUACUCCAUAUCAUUACUUUAUCGGGUGCAGGAAUGAUAUAAUAAACAACGAUGAUAAAUUGAACGAAGUCGCCGCUCUUCAACGGGGCGUAGAGGUACCAAAAUGGAGGGAAGAUAAGGAUUAUACAACUAGGAUGGCUAAGAUUAACUCAUCCACAAAAAAGAAUCCAUUCUUGAAUAAGUACAAGGAGGGGGACGAGCUUCUAGAUGAUGUCGUCUUCCUCAAACGACAUGAGAAACCGGAAAUUGCAGAGAAGAGGCAGAAAAAAUGGGAUAUACAGCGGCUCCGUGAGAUAACAUAUUGUGAGAAAUUAAAAGCUCGCCAACAUGGAGCUGGGAGAAACAAGAAAACUGAACCAGACUCCCUUCUACCCACCCCGGAGGCUGCCCAGAGAAUACAAAUAUUGAAGGACGGGAAGGUUCCGGUCACAGCAUUCGGAGAACCAGUCCCUUCACUAGAAAAAACAUAUUUCUCCCUGCCCUGGUUGGAUGUAAAGGAGGAGAGAAGUUUCGUCCAGAGAAGACCCCGACACACCUCUCUUUAUCUGUGUACAUUGGAUGCCUCAAUGACAACUAAAUCUACAAUUUAUAUCUUUCUUCUCUCCCUAUCCUUAUUAUGCCAUGUACUAGCCCAGGAAGAAACAAAGGAGGUGCAAGGAGACUCUCCUGCCAAGAAAUCUAUAGCGGAGGAACUAGCCGAACAGGGUUCCAAGGUGUCAGAUGAUAGGUUCCUACACGGGUUCCUGGCUUCUCUAUCCGUUAUCAUAGUUUCAGAACUAGGAGAUAAAACUUUCUUUAUCGCAGCCAUCAUGGCUAUGAAGCACCCCAGAUUAACAGUGUUUGCUGGUUCUAUUUUCUCCCUGGCUAUUAUGCAUGUCAUGGCCUCCUUUUUUGGAUACGCUACAACAGUCAUACCUAGAAUGAUCACCUACUAUCUAUCUUCCUUCUUGUUUGCCGUGUUCGGAUUGAAGAUGUUGCACGAGGGAUACCAUAUGUCCAAUACCGAGGCCCAGGAGGAGUUCGAGGAGGUGAACGAGGAGCUGAGGAAAAGGGAGGAGAAGGAUGGGAAGGGGGACCUCGAGUCCGGAGGAAAGAAGGAUAUUACCGCGGUGGCCUUCGCCGGGAAGAUAUUCAUUCAGGCGUUUACAAUGACAAUGUUGGCGGAGUGGGGAGACAGGUCACAGCUAGCCACAGUUAUUCUAGCUGCCCGUGAGGAUGUUUAUGGAGUGUGUGUGGGCGGAGUACUGGGACACGCCUUGUGUACUGGACUAGCUGUCCUGGGAGGACGGAUUAUUGCCACUAGGAUAUCAGUCAGGACUGUUACACUGAUCGGUGGAGCUGUAUUCCUUCUGUUUGCAUUCAGUGCUCUAGUGAUGAGUCCGGAGGAAUAGAUUUAACCCUUUAUACUUGGAUACCAGAGCUUUAUUCUCUACUGGAUAUCAGUUCCGAGAAAACAUCCUGUUCCUUCUCCGGGUAGGCUGAUUAGUAGGGAACCCGGGGAGAAUUUAUCAAUCAAUAUUGUAGUUCAAUGUAUUUCUUGCUCCGGGUGGCUAGUAGGAAACCUGAGAUAAACGGUAGAUCAACCAGUUAAUCAAUCAAUCAACCCAUAGAUAAACAUUUUUCCGACUGUUAAUUUAACUCAAUACUAGUAUUUAUUUGCUCACAAAAAUAUCUGCUUAAAAGGACCGUAACCAUAGUUUCAAGUAACCCUUUAUUUAAAGAUGACAAUGCCCGAUUCACAACUGUACCUUUAAUAGCUUUGUCGAAUCAAGUAUGAAUUAGAUAUCAAUGUUUAUAAUUUAGAAAACUGAUUUAAAAAAAAAUCAAUCUAGAAAAUUGAUCAGAGGAAUGGGUCCAAGGGAAACAGGCAUUGCCAUAUUUGCACGAAGGGAACUAGAAUCAGGGUGGAAACUGACAUAAAUAUAUUUUUCCAUCAUUAUCCAGUCCUCCAAAUAGAUAUGCAUUAAUUCAAGAAUCUGUCUUGAAACUUUUAAACCUGGAUUUCUCGAUCC